CUCUUUUUCAACCGGCGGAAAGGACCAAUUGAGCAUAGAUCAAAUGCAUUUUUACUGUGUUUUAUUGUUGCUUUUUUUAAAUGGGAUGGUUGAGGGGCUGUGGGGGGGGUUGUGAUGGUUAUGCUUGGGCUGCUGAUUGUUGGCCGAGAGGAGACACUGCUACGCUGUGAAUACCUUUUGGCUAGACCUUUGACAGGCCGCUCACCAAGUCUAUUAACACUCAGCUGUAGAAAAGGCCGAAUCAUGUGUCCCCCCCACUCCAAAAUAGAGGAUUUUGACACUAUGUUGGGUUGAAAUGGAAGCUUGCGCAUCCAAUGUGUCACCCUUAUGGUCAUUUUGUCGACACGUCUCUAGUACCAUUGGAAAGCAGGAUUCUUUCCUAUCCAAGGCUUAUCAUAAAACUCUCCUGCCCUCCCGGUGCCAAAACGAUACUUUUGGAAGUGCCAAACUGCCUCUUUGUUCAUUCACAUCGUAUGCCCAAACUGAAUAAGACACAUGUCUGAGACCAGGCUUAUCCAGGCAAUAUGCAUUGCAAGGACUCUUGUGUCAAGGCCUUAAGCACAAGGUCAACAGCCCUCCCCACUACGCCUGGCCAAUAUGUGAUUGGAAGUGUUUUGAUGUUAUCCUCCAAGACUGAUACUUCGAACACUUCGAGGCCCUGAUACUUAGAACACUUCAUGGUAUUUUGGUCGUAAGGAUCGAGUGCAACUUCUGGCAGUGCCAUACCAUGCACUCACAACUCCAGGAAAGCCGGACCAAUGGCAAGUGCAUCCCGAGCUGAACUUUCGGGCCUUGUGCCGCUUAAGAACUUCCAAGGAACCAGAUUCCCAGGGGCCAUGGGUGGUGAACCACGGGCUACAAGACGUCGGAGGAAAGAAGACGUGGGUCUGGGAGCAAGAGGAUCAGAUGAGCUGUCGUGAAGUGGAUCUGUUGGCCGAAGAGCUUCGAGCGAGCGCUCCCCCCAUCAUCCACCAGCCGCUCACCUUCGGGAAGACUGGACCCUUGGGUUUGUAUCGGAAGACAGAUCAGAUCUUCAAUGAUCGCCCGGUCUACUACUCGCAGAAGUCCAAGCUUUACAUCUUCUACCAGAAAGCCCAGGUGGGGAAACGUGCUGAUGGCACGUGGGGGGCUUUGCCCGACAGGGACAAGAUGAAUCGCUGGAAGAGGUACUAUUACGUCAAGGAGACGUGCCCUGCAAUAAGCUUCAGCUCUGCGACACAGGGCUUUUCUCCAAUCACCGCCACCUGGAGGACCCGCGACGGCGAAGUCCUGAAGUGGACCUGCCCAGAUCCUUCCAAGUGUCCAGAAAGGAAGGUGAAAGAUCCUGACGAGGAGGACCUUGAGCCAGUGCCAGCAGGGUGGAAAGACCCUGACUUCCCACAUGAGUCCAGCAGUUGCAAGAGCAGUGACCAGGACAAGGAAUUCAAGUGGUUGAGGGCCUAUGAGCUCUCAAGGAACCUCUCAGGCGAUUUCACUGCAACCUUGUUUGGUGAGGGCACGGAACCCGCUGAUGCUUGCCAGGGGGCAAUUUGUAAUUGCUGGCUCAUGGCUGCAAUCUCCAAGUUGGCUGAAUACCCGGGUGUCAUCGAAAGCUUGUUUUCGCCCAAGGAGGCCUCCUUGGAGGGCAAGUAUGAGAUACGUUUGUGCAAGGAAUUCACUGGUGGGAAGACAGAGUGGACCGUGGUCACCAUCGACGAUUAUCUUCCUUGCAAAUAUGGGAAACCCAUUUAUGCCAAGUUCCACAAGGGCAAGAUGUAUGUUGCAUUGCUGGAAAAGGCGAUCGCCAAGCUGAUGGACGGAGACAAGCAGAGGGGCCGGCUGACGUUUGAAGGAAAAGGCACGUACGCCAGCUUCUUUUCAGGAGGCAUGAACAACUUUGCAUGGUCGAUGAUGACGGGCUUGUAUGGUUACACUUGCUAUGGACCACCACAUGGAGAAGACCGGGCUCAGUGGCAGGCGCUAGAGAACCUCGCCGUGACCACUGAUCCAAGCGAAGAGGAGACUGAAGAGCUGGGCGUUUUGGGUGCUGGAGCGACCAUCCAGGAAGUGGAGCUGUGGAGGUGCUACGUGAAGUUCCAGAAGAUGUCUGGUGAAGGUCCCGAGGAAGGCUGGGUGCCCAGCUACAUUCUCGGACGGCGGGUGGCCAAGCGAAUCUCCAAGUUCCCGUGGCACAUCUACGUUCCAGAACCCUUUGAAGGUUCUUAUGACGCGAAGCCAGUGGAGGAGGAAUGGGUGUGGGAGAAGAUGAUGGAGUUUGACAAAGAUAACUCUCUCGUCGACGUUUCGCUGACCUACAGGCGUAGUUCGGCAGAGCUCAAACAGGAUGGUCUCUUAGGCGGGGGAGAUGGGGAAACAACCAUGACAGGUGGUAGGUAGGCCACCUGCGGGGCGGCAAGUUUCGUCCAUCAAAAGGUCGCGUGACUGGAAUCCUGGAAUUUCUGAGUGGACACAACUCCGAGUGUCCUUUUUUAAAUCCCUCCGAGCCUGAAAGACUCUUGUGAGCGUCCAAACCGUGCAGUGAAUCAUGGCUACACUUGGUUACAUGCGAUUGAAGUGGACGGCUGGCGAAUGGUCUGCUUGAGAAAUCCCUGGGGGCGCUGGGAAUACCGGGGGCCCUGGAAUGACCUCGACGACGCUUGGGACGCCAACCCUGCAGUG